ACCUCCUGAGAUUCUUCUUCUUCUUCUCCUUUCCGCCAUUGCAGGCUCACCACGACCGUCGAAGCUCGACCCUUCUGCGAGUGAGACACGUCGCCGUUUUGGCACAAAUCAACAGAAUGUCCUUCGUCUCGACCUCUACUCCCCCUACUCUCGCCUCGCUCCAUAACCUAUCCUUCUCUCUCCGCCAUCGGUGCCCCAAACAACCUUCGCUCUGUUCGCUCGCGGCCUCGAACCCGAGGCCUGAUGCUUCUACUCUCCUCCUUUGUCGCGCUUCGAAGUCGCAGAGUAACCCGGUGAAGAAGCGCCAACCUUCCAGCGCCGACAAGAGGAAGAAGAAGUCGAAGGGCGUGAGGGAUGUCGAGGUCGUCGAUGACUUUGUUAUCGGCGAGGAUGAGGGAGAGCGUUCCGGAUCGGGUGCGAAUGCGGCGGGGUAUCAUCCCACGCCUUUGCCUAAUCCGCCCGCCGGAUUCAUCGUGGAUGAUCAGGGCAGAGUCGUUAUGGCUUCGGACAAGCGUCUGGUUACAAUUGUCGAUCCCACUAACAACUUUCCCUUGGAGUGUGCUAUAAGGAGAAUUUUCAGAAGUUCAAGUGGUGAUGAAUGUAUGCUGCUUUGCCCUGCAGACACGCCCGUCCAGAUAUUGAAGAGCACCAAUAUUGAUGGCUGGUCAGCUGUAAGUGAUGAAGAAGUUGAAUCUAUACUUCCUACUGCAGCUUAUGCUCUUGCAAAGAUACACAUGCACUUGGUAUAUAGCGGAUUCUGUUAUACUGCUCGGGGAGGGUUUUGCUACUCGGAAGAUGAUAUAUUUGAUUUUCGAACAGAUGAUGGUCAAGACGUUGAUGGCUUACCCACUGAAGGAGUGGAAAUUACAUGCUUCCAUAUGGAUGGUGCACAUUACAUGAUUUAUACACCCUCCGAUCCGCUUCUUUUUGUUGCUGUAAAGGAUCACAAUGGGCAGUUGCAGAUUGCUGACGAUGACCUGUUGGAGGACCCUUGCAUAAUAAGUGCCAUAGAUGAAGAGACUGAGUUCAAUGCCUUAGUGGAGGAAGAAGCUGCCCUGCUUGAAUCACUGAUGGGAGAAAGAUGACAAGGGAGCUUGGCUGACACAAAAUAUAGGGGUGUUUUAGAGGGGGCUGUCUUGAAAGACCAGUCUGGCUAAAGAAGCAAUGCAAAAGAAAGGCCUUUAACUUGUUGUGGCUUUUGCCCUUAUGCCCGUCUUAUUGUAAAUGGUAAAAUCUCUCUGCAUUAAGGUGCAAAACUGCAAGUAGUCAUUGUUUGCGUUAAUGCUUUCUAUCCCUCUUUAUUGGCCCCUUUGACCAAUGGUUUCUGAUGAAGAAAGCUUGCUUCACAUCAUUUGGAUUGGUCUGUCUCCAAUAAAGAAGUUGAGGAGAUGCUUGUUCUGGGAAAGACAUGGACACUGUACAUUAUGGACGUUUCUAAUCCACAAAGCAUUUAGCUAUCAGUCCUUUUUUUCCCCCUUUUUCUUUUCAGUAUAUUGGAGAUCCUGCUACUGAUGUAAAAUUUGGGCUGUGGAAAUGCAAGUUUUAUCAUCUUUUAUGAUGAGAUGGCUUGCUCGGA